CAGAAAACGAAGAGCAAUAUCGUCCCCUGCAGUCGCGCGCACUCUCUCUCUCUCGCUCUUUCUCGAGCAUUUCUUUCCAGGAGAAGCCUCUCCCUCUCCUCUUCCAGUUCCACUUUUGUGGUAGAGAUGACAUUCGAAGAUGGGUGCAACACAGUUCUCGUGCUUUCCUUAGGGAACGGCAGUCAAGUGAAGGCCGACAGGUCCUUGAAGAUGGAGCAGAGCAGAGCCUCCGGUGUGAGAUUCGAUCGUCUUUUCCCUUGCACCGAUCUCGAAUCGGAUCUGUCCUUGUGUCUACCAAACUCGACUUCAAGAGAGGAAGGACUAAUCAAACGGCAGAAGAAGAUCGAUGUGAAUAAGUUCUGCGAAGAGAAGGAGUGCAGCCUUGCCUCGUCUUGCUCUCCCCACAUUUCACAGCCACGUGUUAAGAGAGAAAUUAGGGAAGCCUUUAGUGAAGAUUUGGAAACAGAGAGGCUGUCGUCCAGAGCUAGUGAUGAAGAUGAAGAGAGUAACAGUAGAAAGAAGCUUAGGCUGAGCAAGGAACAAUCGUCCCUUUUGGAAGAUAGCUACAGAAAACAGAGCACUCCCAAUCCGAAGCGGAAGCAAGAAUUAGCCGAGCAAUUGAAUCUACGGCCUAGGCAGGUCGAAGUAUGGUUCCAGAACAGGAGGGCAAGGACCAAGCUGAAGCAGACGGAAGUAGACUGCGAGUUCUUGAAGAGAUGCUGUGAGACUCUGACAGAUGAGAAUCGAAGGUUGCAGAAGGAGCUCCAAGAACUGAAGGCCUUGAAAUUCUCCUCCCCACUGUACAUGCAACUGCCAGCGGCCACUCUGACCAUGUGUCCUUCGUGCGAGCGAAUCGCCACGAAGGAGACCACCACCAAGGGCCAUUUCACCAUGACUCCCAAGACCUCCUUCUGCAACCCCUUCUCCCAUCCCUCUGCUGCAUGUUAGGGAGCCCAACCUUCAUAUCUUCUGGCAGAGAACUAAAAGGUGGGGGAGGACCUUCAUGUUUCUGAUGGUCGCGUUCGGGUAGUGCAGCGACAGAUUUUAGAGUUUUCCCCUUCGACUGUAAAUUCUCACUUUUCUUUUUCUUGGGUUUGUUAAUGUUAUUGAGACACAACGAAAGGUGCAAUUAGGAGUCGAUUCUAGAUUUUACUGAUUGAAGUAUUGUACAUAUACGACAGCAACCCUGUUCUUGGUAGGUCAACUUUUGAUGAAUAUAAUAUUCUUCCAUGCUAA